GACCUCUAGUACAUCAUCCAUGCAGUCUAUACCUUACCAACGGAAUCUUGGGCCAAGGUCUUUAUCACAGCGCGCCAUGAGAUUACCGUAUGGGUUGAUCUCUGCGUCGGACGACCUUACGGGCUGGAAGAAUGUUUACGAUAGCAACCAAGAUAUUGCCCAUCCUCAGCGGACAGCAAGCUUAUAUUAUGCCCAAUGUUUCCCCGAGGAAGACACUUUUGCCGACGGAAAAGUCCUGGACAGGAUCCUCUUUCCAGAGCAUAGCGUAUGGAAACACAAAAGGCGUGAAAGUCUAGACUCAGGUUAUCCGAGUUCUAAGAGUUCCCAUGGAACAAAAAAGAGGGGGUCAGAGCCUUAUAUAUUUCAUGACAAGACAUCUGAUCGUGCUCCAGCAUCUCGGCAGGAAUUUGAGGAGUUUUUAGCUCAGCAUGGAGUACCAGAGUCUGAGGCGAAUCUUUUCAGUUCGAAACAUUCUAGUUCGCAUCGAUAUAAUCGUAACUGGUAUCGACGGCAGGAUUCUGAUGCGUCAAGUCAGUGGUCCGGUGUGUCGGCGCCACUCUUCUCUCAUCGGCGGGCCUCCGCGUGGAACCCAGACUUGGGCCAGAUGUACUCCCUCGGUCAUGUAGGUGGCAUGGUCAAAAGUGAUAACGCACUUCAUUCUACCCCCCGAGAGUAUGAGGUACAGUUUCAUAGCGAUAACGCUUUAGAUCGCGGAUCACACCAGGCGAAUUCACGGCGAUCUUCAACGUAUUCUAGUGUGAGCCGCAUGUCCGAUGCAAUACCAGAAAAUGGCUUCCAGCGUCUCCAAACUACGCGUCAUAGUGAUUUCGGUUAUCAUUAUGAGAAACUCGAUUCGAACGUUUGGAAGAAAUUUGAUGAUGCUUCAAGGUCUGAUCGUUACUAUUGUGUGCGCCGGAGUGAUUCGACAGAAGCUGACAAUACGCGUAGUUUGUCGGGAAUUACGGGUGGGAAACACAGGCAUAGGAAAAGUAGGAGGAAACUUACGCCUGGGGAAGCAGAGGAGGAAGUCGAAAAGGAUGAUGAGGGGAAACAGAGGUAUGAUCUGACCGCAAGUAGACGAUUAUUCGAAUCCAAGAAACAUUAUUUCUACUACCAUUACAAUAACGCAAUGAUGAAUACUAAGUCAGGGGUCACACACAUGUGGGCGAAGGACUUGGUGAAGUACUUGAUUUUUCAGAAACCCACCUCGGAGCUUAUGGCCGCAAUCCAACUGGGGAUCGGCCAAAGUAUCGGAGGACUUUCAUCCAAGCCAGAACGUGAUGUUCUCAUGCAAGAUUUCACCAUCGUUGACAGUGUGUUCUUUCCUGGAGAGGGCAGUAACUUGACGCCGGCCCACCACUACAGUGAUUUUCGAUUCAAGACUUAUGCGCCGAUGGCGUUUCGUUACUUCAGGGAGAUGUUCGACAUUCAGCCCGACGAUUUCUUGUAUUCCAUGUGUAAUGAACCAAUGACAGAGUUGUCCAACCCUGGUGCCAGCGGUUCCGUCUUCUACAUCACAAGUGACGAUGAAUUUAUUAUAAAAACUGUUCAACAUAAAGAGGCCGAGUUCUUACAGAAGUUACUACCAGGAUAUUAUAUGAAUCUUAACCAAAAUCCUAGGACAUUAUUACCAAAGUUUUAUGGUCUUUACUGUUAUCAGUGUGGUGGGAAAAAUAUUCGAUUCGUCGUCAUGAACAACUUACUCCCCAGCACGAUACGUCUGCAUGAAAAAUAUGACUUAAAAGGAAGCACUUACAAACGGAAAGCGUCAAAACGCGAAUGUGCUAAAAAAACGCCGACGUUAAAAGAUUUAGACUUUGCCGACAUCCAUCUGAAUGGGAUAUUAUUAGAACAGGAGACUCAUACAGCAUUGGUGAAAACAAUAACAAGAGAUUGUCGGGUUUUAGAAAGUUUUAAGAUCAUGGACUACAGUAUGUUAUUGGGUGUACAUAACUUAGAUAUUGCUGAGAGGGAGAAGAAGGAGAGAGCUGAACAACAGCGACAUAUGGAGGCAGGGACGUCGCAGUCAUCAGACUCGCUACGCCAGGAUGCCGAGGGGGGCGGUCAACCUAUCAAUAAAGGUUUACAGCGGGCGAAAUCUAUGAAAACUCGACUGGCAGCAUACUCCACAGCUCUCGAGUCCAUCCAGGCAGAGUCUGACCCAAUAGAUGCUGAUGAUGACGAUAUUUCCCCCGGUGGCAUUCCCGCGCGUAAUUCCAAAGGCGAGCGCCUCCUGUUGUACAUUGGUGUCAUAGACAUUCUACAGAACUAUCGGCUACGCAAGAAGAUGGAACAUACGUUCAAAAGUAUUGUUCACGAUGGGGAUACGAUAUCAGUGCAUCGACCGAGUUUCUACGCCCAGCGGUUCCAGAGUUUCUUCUCCACAGUCGUAUUCAGAAAAAUACCCUCCCUUGAUCAGCCGCAGGUGAAAGGAUCACAUAUGAGAUUUCGCAAACUUGUACACCUAGCUCUGAAGCAUUCUCCGUCGAAGAAGAAAGCUUACGGACGAUCGAGGGCUCAAUCAACAGCGGGGCAGACGGACAUCUUGGAAGACAAUCCAGAGAAGGACAAGCAGGAGGAGGCAGGUGCAAUAGGUGGCCGCCCUGACCUCCUACCCACGACCUCCACGCCACCUCCACCAUUUGAAGAGGCAGAAGGUGGCGGACCCCUGAGUGGGUCGCAUUCAGAACACACAUAUACUAGUCCAAGAGGAGCCGUAUCGAUGUCUGUGGAACAAAGGCAUAUUGGCCGGUACUCGCCACACAGCAAUGGUGACCACAUGAGAAUGGCCACGUCGCCAGCACACAGCGCAUCAGAGUCAACACCGACGCACACAGAGUUCACCGAGGGUACGCCAUCCUUCACUACCUCUAGCCCCAGCUUGUGUAGUGAAUCUAUAGAUGUAUGGUGGGACCGCACCAUGAAUGGGAGAGAAGUGAAAUUAGAUUCUCUAACAAGUGUUGAAUGUCUUUCGAUUCACUCAGUCUCAAUAGAUGAAGAGUUAGCGGUGAACACGAGUCAUCUUCGUGGCAGUCAGGAGCUGGAGGAGCUGAGAGAAACGGUCAACGAUGGCAUUGACAAUGGAGAACCUGUGACACGUGAACCAGAAGUGGCAACCUAAACUUGAGAACUAGAAUGACUUACUUGUAAAUACAUGGUCCAAUAUGCUGACAAAAGGGGGCACUAUCGACAUCCUGCUGAAUCAACAAUAAUGUGAUGUACGAUGGACGUCAGAAUCUGAUGAUAUUAACAGUUUCCAUGGCAACAGUAUAUGUCUCCGCGGCAAAUGCUAGGCUACUCUCGUGAUGGCAGAGGACAUUUAGAUGUGGUGUCAAGAAAUCAACACUAAUGCAAUUUUACAAAAUGUAUGUCUGUUUAUGAUGGUAUCCAUGGUAACAGAUCAGUUUGUUGGCAUCUCCGAUGCAACGGAUGUAUCCAUAGUGAUGAUAAUGUGUCUUCAAGUUGACUGCUUAAUAUAUGUUCCACAUUUUCCAAAAGACCACUGUAAACUUAUGUUCUACAUGGCGGCCAUUGUUUGUUUCCAUAGCAACAAGUGUUAACCAUGGUGAUGAGUAUUAAUGUGUGGGAAAUGGAUUUGAUUGAUGUGCUGUUUUCAGAAGGACAGAAGUGUAAUAAAUUAAUCACUGAAAUUAAGGCAGAAUUGUAGAUCAAUCAUGAGCUGAACCAAUGGCCUCCGCGACAUUUGUUAGCGUUGAUAGGCCUUGCUGUAACCAAGAAUGAAUUGAUAUGAGACUAGACACAUCAGUAGUUGGAACCGGAUCCAAACUGGGUUAACUUGUUAUGUCACUGUGGUUUGAAGCGAAACUGUUUCGGUUGGGUUGGGGUAAUACUUUAGCGAGCAAGGUGUUUGUGGAGUGUGUACUUGAGAUUCUAGUUCCUUCGGUGUGUUUAGUUCUGAACUAGAUGACAGGGGGCGUGAGAAGACUUUAUGAAUAUGGAGAACGUACUUAGGAGGCUGUGGUGAAGAGCUUUUAUGGACCUUGAAUUGUAGGAAAUUGAGCCCAUGAACGGGUGACUCCCACUUGGUCUCCUCGAUCAGCACCUGGCAGUCAAAGAUGACGUCAGAAGCUGACUCCGGGCGAAGUUAAAGACCUACUGUGGCGAUGUGGUUAUUCUAUGAUGUUCUAGAUGAGCAGCGGAGACCAUUUCCAAUUGUGAGUGCCAACGCGGCCUUGUGUUAGAGCGUUAUGAUAGUAAGAUACAGUGUAUAGUUUAAACAACUUUUCAGCGAAUCUUAUUCUUCAAUCUCCAUUUCUAGGUUAUAAGUGUUAUCUUUACAAAAUUCAGAUACAUGUAUUUUCGAGAAUAUUGCGUAAUUUUUCAAAAUAGCAUAGCGGCGCAUGAACAUGACAUUUAGUACUAAAGUUAUUCUUAGAGGGCGCUGUUUAACCUUAUCAUCAAUGUGCCAAGAGUUUUGAAUUAGUGAUGUCGACUCUGACCUCCGUGUAAUGUGGGUUUUUUUGCUGCAGCUAGAGUACUCUCAAUACCAACUUUCAGCAUGAUCAGUCUGGAAGGGGUUGGUUUCCAUACAGUUGAGCCUUCGUUUCCAUUCAAAUGAAGCAUGGUAAACCAUACAUUGACACAUGUUUUGGGCUCCGGAGAUGACAUUUGGCUAUGUGUUCCAUAACCCAGAAACAUUUUGUGAUAUGGAUAGCCAGGCUAAAUUUGAUGUAUGGAAAACAAUCUCAUUCUUGACUUUAUUGUGUUCAGUCAGGCUGGAAUUUUUUGAAAGUUCAGACUCUGUUUUUUUCGGUCGAAAAAGUCACUCUAGAUAAAGUCUUCGUGUUCGUCUACUACUACUUCUGCACAUUAGUUACUGAUUUCGCCCCUUGGUGGCAGCACUGUAGAUCGUACUUUGAGAUUAGACGCUGUUAUUGUCGUUAAAAAGUACUCGAUGUAAACUUUCAGCGAUACCGUCUUUGAUAUUGUCCGUUUGGAUGAACUUACACAAUUUACGAUAAAAAGGGACUGAUGACUGGUGACUUACUGAUGACUUACUGAUGACUGAUGACGGAUGAAUUAUUGAUGACUGUUCAGUAAGAUCCAUUUGUAAUUCCGCUGCCAGGGAAACAAACCACAACCUGGUGUUUUGGGUAAAUGUCCUAAAGAGUAAAAAGAACCACCCUGGAUCAUCACACCUCCAACCCUAUUGGGUCUGAUCGACAAUCUAAGAGAAUGGGAGGCAAGUGGAAUCUAGUCUUUUUAAAAUGGGAGAAAAAUCGUUUUAAAGUGCGUCGUUUCAGUCUUUAGGCUUUGGGAAGCUUGAGGUAACAUAUAAAUAGCAUUCUCGUGGAACUUGUCGGAAGCAUUUAUCAUUGUUGUCGUGGCAACAGUGGGUAUUCCAGAGACUGGCAAAGCAUGAUGGGAUUGACGAGGAUUUACUUGAGAAUAUGGUAGACUUACUGAAGUAUCCUUGAGAAUGAGGUAAAGUCAAUAUGGUGCGGUGCUGAGUGAGGUUGGGCACUCUUUACUAUCCUCGUCUCCAAGCUUGAUUUCCAAUGCUUCAUGUCAAUGUUCAAUGCCGAUUUCAAGUUUUAUGACGAGGUUGGUUUUAUUUGUGUUGUAAAUUCUAAGUACGAAUAACAAAUGGCCAGAGUCGUUUUACCAACCUCGUUACCAGGCCACUUCUUGUAUUUUGAUGUGUAACUAUGUAAGUCAUGCUUCUGGUUAAAUAGUUAUGUGUUACACUGCCACCUGGUGGCUGUGUGUGGCACUACUUUGCGUCAGAAUGUUCUGAGUUGUAGAGGGUUCCGGCUUAACCCACCUUUGACAAAAUGUCAAUUUAAUAGAUAAGACCUGAAUACUAUUCUCAUUCACAGACCAGACAUGAAUCAAUGACAUAUUUUUUUCAGUUGGUUGCAUGUUCUGGUUGCGCGCUUUCAAACAACGCAAAUGAGUGUUGUGCUGCCCCUGGUGGGAGCCAGUGACACCAAGGCCCACUGCACUUGGCAGAAUCACUCAGUUUUGACUUUUCCUGGUUCCAAAGUAAAUUGACCACUAUUUUCAAGAAGCAAUAAGUGCAGAAUGAAAAUGCCUUUUAACCUCCAGACAUUACCAGAAAAUUUGUCUUCAAAAAGAAAAUAAUGCACCGUGGAAACGUGGUCCAUAAACUUUUGAAUAGGGCUGUACAUAAGAGCCAGGUGAUUCUGUCAUUAUUUCAGUGUAACUGGCCUUAGCUUGGAAUUCAACUGUUAGAGAAUUGCGUUCCGUGUUGGAGAACAUAGCCAUCAUUUUGUUCCUGAGACUCAAAUUCAAACUUUCCAAAACGUCGGUGAUUUUCAAGACUGCUAGAGUCGUGUAGUGUUGAAGAAGAUGAGAGAAUCAGAGCUGGGGACCAGGUUGGACUCAGCCUGAAGGUACACUUGGAAAGAGUUGAAUGCUGGGAACCUGGACUUGCAUGAAGGCUAGUCGUUCUCUCAUGAUAUGUAAAUGUAUGAUAAUUAAGGAGAAAAUAAUUUGUGGCUCGUGAUGCCCCAUGGUGGCAUUAGAUAGAAUUAAUCAGAAUCGCGUGAUAGGUUCUGGUAUGUGUAAAAUUUGGGCUGGAGAAUAUUAAUUAUAUAAAGAUA